UCGCUCGAUGUUGGUAGGGACACGUCCCUUCCGUCCAUGCCAAAUCUACGCCCUUGCAGUGGUGUUUAACUGAUUGUGUUUGUCCUCUGUUCACUUGUAGCAGGACAGAUGAAGAGAAGAUAUGGAGUUGAUAUACAAUCUUCUCGGCUUGGAGUGGAUAGAUGGCAAAAUUAUUUUAAUAUUUUUGACUGUUUCUCUACUGUUGACAGAUUUUCUGAAGAACAGAGUGCCAAAAAACUUUCCUCCUGGACCCUGGGCUCUUCCUUUCAUUGGUGACCUUCAUCGUAUCCAAUCUACCAGACUCCACCUGCAGUUAACAGAGUUUGCAGAGAAAUAUGGAAACAUUUUCAGCCUUCGACUCUUUGGUGGUAGGAUUGUGGUCGUUCAUGGCUACAAACUUGUGAAAGAAGCCCUGGUUCACCAAGGAGAAGACUUCGUGGAUCGCCCAAUUAUACCCAUAUUUGAAUCAAUUAUUGGGAAUAAAGGUCUUGUGUUGUCAAAUGGUUAUCCCUGGAAGCAACAGACGAGAUUUGUUCUUCACACAUUCAGGAACUUUGGUCUGGAGAAUAAGACCCUGGAGUCAUCCAUCCAGCAGGAGUGCCAGUAUCUCACAGAGGCUUUCACAGAUCAGCAAGGCAGACCCUUUAAUGCUAAGAACCUGAUUAAUAAUGCAGUCUCAAACAUCAUCUGCUGUUUGGUGUUCGGCAAUCGAUUUGAGUACACUGACAAGCAAUUCCAGUAUAUUCUCCAGACAAUGAAUGACGUUGUUCAAUUACAUGGAAAUUUGACAGUACGGAUGUACAAUACAAUACCCUGGCUGAUGAAGUGGCUGCCUGGAUCACACCAGACGAUAUUUAUCUUGACAAAGAAAUUAGUUGAAUUUGUAGAAACUAGGAUCAAAGAACACCAGGAAAACUUUGACCCUUCAUCACCAAGAGACUACAUUGACUCCUUUCUCAAAGAAAUGGGAGAGAAGGAAGAUAAAGAUUCUGGGUUUUAUCUCGAAAAUUUGAUGGCUUGCACAAUGGACCUGUUUGGUGCUGGAACUGAAACCACAACUACUACUUUAAAUUGGGGACUUUUAUAUAUGAUCCACUACCCUGAUAUACAAGAGAAAGUCCAAGCUGAGAUAGAUGCUGUGGUUGGUUCAUCCAGACAGCCGUCUACAAGUGACAGAGAAAACAUGCCAUUCACUGAUGCAGUUAUUCAUGAAAUCCAGAGAAGUGGAAAUAUUGCCCCACUUAACAUACUUCGCGUGGCAAACAAGAACACAGCUCUGGAUAAGUACUCAAUCCCAAAGGGCACCAAGAUCUUGGCUCCAUUGCACUCUGUUCUACAUGAUGAGUCUAUGUGGGAAACUCCACAUUCCUUCAACCCUCAACACUUUCUGGACCAGGAUGGAAAAUUUAGGAAGAGGGAGGCCUUCAUUCCCUUUUCUGCAGGUAAACGUGUGUGUCUUGGGGAGCAGCUGGCCAGGAUGGAGUUAUUCCUGUUUUUCACCUCCCUGCUGCAGAGGUUUUCAUUGUCUGCACCUGCUGGAGAGAAACUCAGUCUGGACUUCAUUUUGGGUUUCACACGCGGUCCCAAACCUUAUCGUCUGUGUGCUGUGCCACGUUAGAGCACGAGUUAUCCUCAGCUGAGCAUGUCUGUUUCUCUGUGCUCUCAAUGACUGUCUUCUGCUAUUGUUUUUGAUGCAAUGCAUAAAGAAUAUCUGCUUUACUGUUCUCUCUGUCUAUCUCUAGCGCUCUAGUGUAAGUAAUUAAUAAGUAAUAUAUAUUUUAAAUUGAAAUUGAACGUAUUUUAAUUUUGCACGAUUUUUCUGAAUAAAUAUGGACUCACAAAUAAAAUAAUCCUGAUGCAAUAAAAUCCACAGACCAUUACAACCUCUCAAGGGAAUCACCAAAACGUCGUACUUAUGAUAUUUUCUCUGCACAUUGGAUUUGUUGAACCUGUAAAUAAUUUAUUUAGAGAUUAUUACACACAUAAAAUACUUUUUUAAAAUGAUCACUUACCAAAAGAAUGAAAAUCUGAAAAUAAUAGCAGAAAACCAGCAAAUCUUCACACAAGUCCAUCUUUGAGAUGAUGGACUUUUGAAAUUCUCUUCUUUUAGUGGACUUCUUCUUAAUUUUUUUAAUGGUUCUCCGUGAGAGAAGUUAAACAGGUGAGAUGCCUUCCUCACCUGCAUAACUAGUGGUCAGUGCACCAUAUUGUCCUUCCUUGUCUAUGGAGAUUCAGUACAGCAUCUUGUAACUAUUUUUUCUUACUGAUACUUUGUUUAUGCUUUUGUUGUUGAAUCUCACGUGUAAAGGAGAUUUCAAUCUCAAUAAAUUACUUCAUAAAAAUA